UUGUGUUUACUGAAGCAGAUGUUUGUUUGGAGUUGAAGCUGGUUGGUUGAUCUAUGGGUAUUACUGUUUGUGGUGAUAGUUGUUCAAUUUCAAGGGUAAAGUUUGUUGUUAUCAUAAUGCUGCUUCAGACCCUUUUCAGAUUUGUUUAAGUUUGGAGAGUUUAGGGUGCUAUAUCUUAAAUUCAAAGUGUAUAUUUGCAUAGGCAGAAGAAGGUCUAUUGCAGUGAUAUAAGGUUUCAGUUGCAGUGUUGAGAAGGGUAUUAAAGAUAAUAUAUUUUGGAGUUUAGUCAUUGUAUUGAAGUGUUUGAGAUGGAUAAUUCAAAUCGGUCAUACAGUAGGAAUUCUGAUCAUUUGGGUGUGAAUAAAUUUGGGAAGAAUAUCAACAAGAGUCCUCCUAUACACCAACCCAAUUUCAACAAUGCAAAUAGUGCUAGGCAACAACCUCAACCUCAGGUUUACAAUAUUAACAAGAAUGAUUUUCGGAGCAUUGUUCAACAACUGACAGGUUCACCAUCUCAAGAGCCUCCAGCUAGACCUCCCCAGAAUCCUUCUAAGCCUCCGAGUAUGAGAUUACAAAAGAUUCGGCCACCACCUUUGACUCCUAUAAAUCGUCCCCAAAUUCCAAUCCACCCUCCAGCACAGAUCCCUGCCCCAGCUCGACCUGCAGGUGGUGUUCCUUACCAGAACAAUAUUGUAAGACCGCCUCCCCACUAUGGUCAGCCCUCACCGCCUAUGUUACCUCCAACUCCUGGAGAUGUUUGGACAAAUACAACUGAGUCUCCAAUUUCAGUUUAUAUGCGUUAUCUUCAAAAUUCAAUAAUAGAUUCAGGGCCUAAACUAACACAAUUUCAAGGUCCUGGUCAUUUUCAAGCACAUCCAGCAUCAUCUGGUUUGCUUCCUAAUCCUUCAAUGCCACCUUUUCCAUCUCCUAGAAUGAAUGGCCCUCCUCCUCUCCCAUUUGCUCGGAUGAAUGGUCCUCCUCCGCGUCUUCUAUCUCCUAGAAUGAAUGGGCCACCUCUUCUCCCAUCUCCUAGAAUGAAUGGUCCUCCUCCACCUCUUCCUUCUCCGGGAAUAAAUGGGCCUCCUCCUUUGCCUUCACCUACUUCUCAGUAUCUUUUGCCUUCACCCACUGGCUUCUUGAAUUUGUUAUCUCCCCGUUCCCCUUAUCCAUUUCUUUCUCCAGGUAUGCAGCAUCCUCCACCGCUGACACCAAAUUUCUUCUUCUCUCCUAUGGCACAGCCUGGAGGUUUUGGCGCUGGACCACAAUUUCCUCCUUCUCCUGGUUAUGGAUUUCCGUUGUCACCUUCUGGGUUCUUCCCCAUGUCAAGUCCAAGAUGGAGGGGUCAAUAGCACCACCACGAAGAGAGCUGCUGAUCUUGAUGAAUUCUUUGCUUCGAGUUUUGUCAAAGUGGUAGAUCUCUUUCAAAUUAAAGCUUUUUCCCUGUGGAUAUGCAGUGUACACAAUGUAAGAGAUCCUUCUGAACGUGUUUAUACUUUUUUUCUUUGUUUUUCUUAACAUAUAUUUCAAAUAUUUGACUCUUUCAAUGUAGAGUUUGUAGCAGAUGUAUCUCUUUAUUUGCGUAGCCCUUAUUUAGUACAUUUAGCAACUCUCAACUGAAUAGUUGAAAAGGUCAGGCUUGUUAGAUGAUAGUUAAUUGAAUUUUAUAUGUAGCUGGAAAGGUUCUUGUAUUCCUUGUAAUGUCAACUUUGGGAUCAAAUAUUUUGGUUCUUUUUCCUA